GCCAUGAUUGCAAGUCCUCACGGAGGGGUCAAUAUUGAGGAGAUUGCUAGGACCAACCCCUCAGCCAUUCUCAAAGAACCUGUCGACAUUAUAGACGGUAUUCAGAAGGAGCAGGUGGAGAAGAUGGUCAACUUCCUUGGUAUCCCUCCUGAGACGUUUGACGCUGCUGUGGAUCAGAUCACAAAGCUCUACCAGAUGUUUAUUGAGAGAGAGUGCACCGCUCUUGAGAUUAACCCUCUGGCCACUGACUCUCAGAACAGAUUACUGUGUAUGGAUGCAAAGAUAAACUUUGACGACAACUCGGAGUACCGCCAGAAGGAGGUGUUCGGUCUGAGGGACUGGUCUCAGGAAGAUCCUCGCGACGUGGAGGCCGCCAAGUCUGGCAUCACCUACAUCGGCCUCGACGGAAGCAUCGGCUGCUUAGUGAACGGAGCAGGUUUGGCAAUGGCCACCAUGGACAUCAUCAAGCUGUAUGGAGGAGAGCCAGCCAACUUCCUGGACAUAGGGGGAGGGGCCAGUGCGAAGGAGGUCAUGGACGGCUUUCAGAUCUUCCACAGUGACCACAAUGUGAAUGCAGUGUUUGUGAACAUAUUUGGGGGCAUAGUUCGAUGUGAUGAGAUAGCCAGAGGCAUCAUAGCGGCGGCACAAGAGAUCAACAUUACUGUCCCCAUUGUCGUCCGGCUACAAGGUCCCUCGCUAUAAUAUGUGUUCUGCAUUGGAAAGGCAGUGCGAGCUAAUUGCUCUCUAGCCAAUGCUGCAUCACUUAAAGGGAAUGUGAAAGUGUAUAAUAUACGUAAGAGCUACAAUUUAGACUAAAAGCAGAAAUUAAUUCUAUUACUGGGCAGUAUUGAUCUUAACUAAAUUUAUCCCUGAUGUACUGCCAUCAGAUUGAAAGAAAAGAUGCACUUGAAGUUGGCUUGGCUCAAAUAUGUCAUAAUUUUUACUGGAGGAAUGAUAAGUCCUGCUUUGAGACCUGUACUUAGUUUAACAUGUCUUGUCUAAAGUGACACAGUGUUACCACUGCAGGGAACAGACAGAAGAAGGCCAAGGCUAUGAUUGAGGCCAGUGGACUCAAGAUGAUCGCUGUGGAGGACUUUGACCUCGCUGCCAGAACGGUGGUGAACGUAUCAAAGAUAUGUGAGCUGGCUCGCAGUGUAGACAUUGGCGUUGACUUCUCCUCACAUCAGUGAAAAACAUGUACCUCUACUGGUAUAUACUACCACUGUAUGAACAUUUCACUAGUGCAUCUCAUACAAAUUAUAGUCUCUUAUUAUUAUCAUCUUCUUAUGUACAGUUACCAAUGCCCAACUAGUUUAUUUUCAGGUGGA